CCAUUUUCACAAAUACCUUCUGGGCAUUACCCAUAUUUGCAUUGUAGGAAGGACAAAGGCAAUUUUGGGUUUUGGUAUUGGAAUCAAAGUUUAGAGAUUUGAAGCUGCUGGGAUGAGCAGGGAGGGGUCUCCAGAUUGGCUGCGGGCUUUUGAGGUCCCAACAACUGAGUCAGUACUGUCAUUGUCCUCAGAUUCUAGGUCUUCACUGAAUGGGGAGGAUAACAGUGAUGGCCGAGAACCAACUCCUCGUAAAUCAUCUGAAUCCGAUGAUGAUGAUAAUGAAGUUAUAGGUAAAUUUCUUGGGAAAAGGGUUGGGUCUCCAUCUGAUAAGAAAUUGAAAGGCAAGUCGCCGAAAAAAGGGGAAACAAUAGAAGAACAUGUACCCCAGACAAAAAAGAAGUCAGAUGGAUUCAAGAAAAUAGAAGGUAAAACAAAGGCCGUUGUUGAGAAGCCUUCAAAGCCUAACAUUCUGAUCCUGAAAACAGUCCUCCCAGAGAGGAUGAUGGAGAGUCUUCUGACCUUAAAAUGUCUCAACUGCAAUCAAGAGGCAACACUGAGGAUGCAGCUGUUAUGGACAUCAGUGAAGAAUCUCCAUCUAAACAGGCUUCAAAAGGAAAAUCUUUGAAGAAAA